AUGACACUUGUUAAGCGUAGGCGAAUUAUUAUUAUUAUUAUUAGUAUAGAUCAAGAAACGCGUGCAAGUAUAACUAUGCCCGUGUUUCAUACAAAAACUAUUGAAAGUAUUUUGGAACCCGUAGCACAACAGGUAUCUCGUCUAGUUAUUUUACAUGAAGAAUCAUCAGAUGAUAAUAAUCUUAUACCCGAUCUUUCAAAAUCUGUUCAAAUAGUUAAAUCAGCUGUUGAUAAUCUUGUUAAAGUUGGUCAUGAAACAUGUCUAACAAGUACAGAUGAUCUAUUACGUACCGAUAUACCAGAAGCAUUAGUACGUAUUAAUAAAGCAUCAACAUUAUUAAUUGAUGCUGCUCAUAUACUCAAACAUGAACCAUAUUCAAUCAAAGGGCGUCAAAUGUUAAUCGAAGGAGCACGAUGUAUUUUACAAGGUAUAUCAGCUCUACUUUUAACAUUUGAUGAAUCUGAAGUACGGAAGAUAGUUAUUAUAUGUCAACAUGUUCUCAAUCAUUUAUCAUAUGUCGAAAUGAUCGAAACAAUAGAACAACUUGUUGAUUUUGUUAAGAAUUUAACACCAAUACUAACUCGAAUGAGUAAAGAAGUUGAUUUACGUAUAAAUGAAUUAACUCAUAUUAUUCAUCGUCAAUUAUUAACUCGAUCACUUGAACAAGUUAAAACUUUAACACCAUUAUUAAUUUCAAGUAUUAAUGUUUAUAUAACAUCAAAACAUACGGGUGGUCAUACAAUUGUUGAAUCAAUAGAAAAUCGUGAUUAUGUUGUAAAUAAAGUGAGUGAUGAACUCGGUGAAAUAAUUCGAAUACUUCAAUUAAUAACAGUUGAUGAUGUUUUAUUAAAUGAAUUUGAUGAAGAUGAACAACAUAGUUUAAAAAAACUUCUUAAAACUCUCGGUAAUCGUUUAUAUCAAGCAAAAAAUUGGUUAUCAAAUUCUAAAGCAUUAGAAGGUACAUUAGCUGAACGAUCAUUACGUAUGAUUCUUGAUGAUUUACGUAUACAUAUAACUGAACAUUGUCUUGAUGAAAAACAAGCAGAUAUUUUAAUGCAAAAAGUUGAUGCUAUUUCACAAAUGAUGAAUCGUUUAUUACAACUAAGAGCACAAUCGAAAGGUGAUACUAAUGAAGCAACUAGUCUGUCACGUAAUAUAUCUCAACAACUUGAUGAUCUUUAUCGAUCAUUAGAAUAUGCAAUUAAUAUAUUAAGAUAUACAUCUGAUUAUCAACGACCAGCAACGACUGUUAAUGGAAAAGUUGAUCAAGCAGAACGAUGGCUUUUACAACCAGAUUUAGAUCAAUUUGGAUUUGGUGAAUUUGCUAUUCGAAGUCUUAUUAAAAUAGGCCGUCAAUUAGUUAGUAUUUGUGAAUUAUCUUAUCGUCGUGAUCUUCUUGAAUGUUGUCUUAAUAUCGAGAAUUUAUUAUUAAAAUAUAAAGAUUUAUUACGAAGACGAUUACCUAUUAAUGGACCAGAAUGUGUUAUGAUAAGUCGUUCUUUAACUUCACAUAUUCAUCAAUUACAAUGUCGUCUACAAGAAGCUAUUAUUUAUCAAAUAUCCGACGAUUUUAUGGAUAUUACAUCAACAAUACGAACAUUACGUGAAGUUGCUUUUCACUCAUCAGAUGAACCAAAUCGACAAGAACUAUUUCAAGCAGUUAUACAAGAUUUUAUAAAUCAUUCAUCAACAUUAACACAAACAGCACGUUUAGCUGCCAAUGGAACAUCAUGUCGAUCAAAAUCAACGAUUGAAACAAUUAAUGUAACUGCUUCACAGAUCAAUGAUCUAACACCUCAAGUUAUAUAUGCAGCUCGUAUUGUUUUUGGUGAUCCAACUAGUUCAUCAACAACUCAAGAACAUUUUGAUCUUCUUCGUGAUCAAUGGAUAACACAAAUGGAAUAUCUACGAUGUCAAGUUGAUGAAGCUAUUCCAUCUGAUGAAUUUGUUAAAGCUUGUGAAGAAGCAAUUAUUCAUGAUACACAACAAACAGAAAAAGCUAUAGCUGAUUUAAAUUCUUCAAUUAUUGUUGAUAGUACAUCGAAUAUAAUUCGACGUGCUAAUCGUAUUUUACUUGUAGCAUGUCAAGAAAUUGAAAAUUCAGAAGAUUCAAAAUUUACAACACAACUUCGACAAGCAUCUAAUACAUUUAAAGACACUUUUCCACCAAUGAUUGCUGCAGCUAAACAAUUAGCUUUAAAUCCAGAUGAUAAACUUAUGCAUUCAAACUGGCAACAAACAAAUAAUGAAUUAAUUGAUGCUAUUGGAAAUAUACGUGAAAUACUUCAACCAAUAACAACAAAUCUUGUUAAUGGAAUAGCACAUAUUUCAUUUUGCCAUGAUAGUCGUAGUUCAUCAAAGUCUCCACCUCCUCGACCACCAUUACCAUCUGAUGAAGAAUUAUCAGCAUCUGCUGCUCCACCACGACCACCUUUACCAAUUUUCGAAGCAACACAUGAAGAACCUUAUGAUAAAGAUUUACCAAUACCUCAAGCAAAUCAACCAAUACUAAUGGCUGCACAUGAUUUACAUAUCAAUAUAAAACAAUAUUCAAGUCAUGAUAAUGAACUUAUUGCAUUGGCAAAAAAAAUGGCACAUUUUGUUGCUCAAUUGAGUUUACUUAUUCGGGGUGAAACAGGAACAAAACGUGAUUUAAUUUCAACAUCACGAGAACUUGCGGAAAUGUCGGAACAUAUAACAUAUUUGGCUAAACAAAUAGCAAAAGAAUGUACAGAUCGACGAAUGCGUACACAUUUACUUCAAGUUAGUGAACGUAUACCAACAAUUGGUACACAACUUAAAAUUUUAUCAACAGUCAAAGCAACUAUGUUUGGAAUCUAUGGUAAACAAAUAUUUAGUAAAAAUUUUCUUUUUGUCUUUUUUGUAAAUUUUACAUGCAUAGAUUAUCUACCACGUAGUUUAAGUAAAAAUGAACGAGCAAUGAUUAACUCAGAAGAAGAUGCUGAAGCAACUGAAAUGCUUAUUGGUAAUGCACAAAAUUUAAUGCAAUCUGUUAAAGAAACAGUAAAAGCAGCUGAAAUUGCAUCGGAUAAAAUUCAUCGUAUGGACAAUAAAAUUCGUCUACGAUGGACAAGACGAACUCAAUAG